AUGAUCACCAUGGCCUCCAUGGUGACUACUGCAGCGUCUCCCGCGGCUGCCACCGCCUUGCUGGCGGCCAUCGCUGCCGCCGCGGCCGCUGCAGCCUCGCCGGACUACAAGCGGUGGAACUGGUGGUCCGAGAACGACUACAGGGAGGAGAGGUCUGGCUUCCUCUUCGUCAUGGGCAGCACCAACCACGAGCUGCGCAGUGGAGACAGCCGCCAGGCGUGGGACGUGUGCUACUGCGACGACAUGUGCGACUUCGACGAGAACUGGUUCAAGGUCGGCCAGAUGCGCUUCGCCCCAUUCCAGCUGGUCGCCCACGCCCGUUCCAGCUUUUUCUGGCUGACGCCGUCGCGUUCUGAUCUUGUGGGGUUCGUGCUGGCAUAA